UGUAAUAAAGUCACUAUUUUGUCUGAGAUUUUUGCUGAGAUAUUUCCACAGAAUAGUAGUGCCAGCACCAGGGCUGCCGCAUGAGUUACUUGUACCUUGAGCAUGAGCAGGUUGUACUCUGAUGAUCGAUGCCCAUGCGCCACCAUCCACUAACCAAACCCUCUUGCAUGCGUGUUGACAAAGUGAAGUUAACCAACUAUACUUUUUAUUCUCUUUUCGUCCACAGUAGAAAAUCAACACAUCUUUCGGCAUUAAUUUCCUACAAGAAAAUGGCACAAUUUUGACAGCAUAAAGGAUCUAGCCACUUCACUCAGAACAAACCAUCUUCUUAACCUUCCUAAGACAUUCCUAACAAUUCCAUAAAAUAUUCUACACCUUUAUUCAUCCAUGGGGAACUCAUUUCAUCUUCACAUACUAAAGAAAUCCUGCAUAAGAUUACCUCAAUGCGUCGACAGAAAAGAUCUGCAGGUGGUGAAAAUGGAUGGCAACAUUAUAAGGCUUCAAGAACCACUUCUGGUGAGGGAACUUCUUGCGGAUCAUCAAGGGUUCGGGCUUAAGUCAUCGAGAGAUUCCCCCAAUCUUCUUCCUCCGAGCUUCGAGCUGCAACUGGGAAGAACAUACUAUCUUCUUCCUGCAAAGAUUCAACCAGGGGUGAAAAUAGAUGCUGCAGAGUCUAACACUGCUGCUGUCAAGAGAAUUAAGGUUGUCAUCUCAAAACAGCAGCUUCAGGAGCUUUUAGCGAAGAAGACAUCAUUGGAGAAUCUUGUGAUCGGGAUGGACAGUUCCACGCCGAAUUGGAAACCAAGCCUCUCAUCUAUUCCUGAAGAAACAGAAUCGAUAUCGCCCAUAUAGGGUGUGCAUUAGAGCCUAUAGGAAAGAAUUCGGUAGUGAUGGCAUUACAUUGAUUGUGAAUUUUGUGUGCCUUGCUCACUCCCUCAAAUCACAAUCAGUAUAAUGUCUUGUGUAAUAGUGAAUGUGAUGAAGUUAGUAUUAGUUCAAGGAAUGCAGAUUACUGUUCUAUUGCUCAUAUCCUAUCUUUCUCAUGUUCCUAAAACUUCACGAAGGUAAAUUCUUGUUAUAACUUCGACUUUACAGGAACAGGAUUAUUUGUUCAUAUGAUCCAUUUAACUUUGCAAAAGCUGGCCA